CGAAGUAGUGAACACGCCCGGCACGCGUAGAAGGGGUCUGAUGUCGAUUCCAGCGAUGCAGAGUCAGUAUUCGAAUGGAAUUUAUAAAAAUCGAUGUUGAACUCUUGUGGUUCUCGUUUUGAAUCUGCACAACAUAUCAUGGCCUGUAACAGUUCACACUGAUGAAUUUAAAGUGAAAUAUAUCUAACAUUAAUUAAACGAUUGAGCAUAUGCAUCUGAUAGAGGUGAAAGUGAAUUGAACUUAUCAGAGUGUCAGACGAAAUAAUUAUAUAUAUACACUUCGCACAUUUACAUUUCAAAGAAAAUGCAGUGGAGAAGAAAGCGGCGUGUUCUUUAUGUCAUCGGUUCUGCUCACCAUGCACUGCUCAUCAAACAAUACCGUGAAGAUGGCUGCAAUGGCGUGUGUUCCAACAAUGAGGACGAGGCAGAUGGAGACAGAGACUCGGCCUCGCCUCUCAACAAUUCUUCUGCCGCGACGUCCUGUGCGCCUGCAUCUUCACAACAGCGCAUGCCCAGAACAAAGCCUUCAAGCACGUCACCUCGCGGCAGCAGCUACAGUUACAGACAUCGUUCCUAUUACCAACAGCCAUGCGACAGCAGCCAGCCACUUGUCACAACGGAGAAGAAAACGUUCAACGAAGAAGAGUACACAAAGAUAACAACGCCUCGCCAAGACGUGCUGUUCAAGAAGGGCUACUUGGGCCGAAAGCGACCGACUGCAACAUCUGCAGCCGAAACCACUGCCAAUGUGAAUAACAGCAACACGAAUCAUGAUUAUUCGGCACCCGAUGUUGCAAAUGGAAACUUCAAUGCCAAUGCGACUGCUGAACAGAACGGAGAGCCCAUGGAGAAUGAUCACACCACGAACAGCGACAUGAUGAGCCCAUCAGAGGACGACCCUCAUUACAUGUACCCUGCGAACGGCUACGUGGACCAAACAGGAGGACCUCCUCCUGGCCUCUACUACAUAAAUGGUAGUGGCUAUGAGCUCUUUGACCCCUACUCUGGUAACGUGACCGUGGUAGUGGGCCCUGCGCCUCACUUUGGGGGCCCUGGAGGGGGUCCUCCUGUUUUGGCAGCAGUUCCAUGCCAGCCCCUGCCACUGCAGCCUCUGGAGUGGUUCAACCCUGCCUUCUUACCUUACGUCACUGCGCCUUGUCACAAUGGCCUCGCUUCCGCCAGGGAUCGGAGGAAGCGGUACUCCACGGACUCCCAGAACUGCAGCCCGCAGAGCUCCGAGUCUACCGAAGCACCGGGUAGCCCGCAGGAGUGCGAUAUGGAAGCGACACAGGCCAGUGAGCCACCGGGACCUGCAAUAUACACGCAGGCCCCAACGUACGUCUAUCCGGGUUACAUGUUCGGACCUCCCAUGUAUAACGUUAACGGAGUAACACUGCAAGGAGCACCAACACAGCCUCCAGUUUGUGACAUUACUGGGUCCAACAAACGACGCAAGAAGAAGAAGAGGAGGAGGAGACAAAGAGGAGCUGAAGAUUGUUGUUCUGAGGAAUCCAGUUCUGAUGAAAAGGAGUUGGAGGAACCUGUGAGUGUCACCAGUCAAGAAUCUUCAUCACAAGAAAUUGAAUCCGACUCGAAGCAGAGCACCAAACUUAACAAUGAUUCCAGUACAUCAUCGCCAAAAUCAUGUUGUCAGACUCUGACUACCACAGAUUGCGCUGAAACCACUACAGGGAUACCGGCAGCGCCCACUGAGCAGAAUCUUCAACUCAACAAAUCUGAUUAUGAAACAUCAGAGCUUGUUAGCACACAGCAAGCAUCUUUAGGAGAACAAGAAAAUAUAAGUGCACCUUCAGUAUUUAAACCAGAUGUAAAAGACACUUGUUCUGAUCACAGUAAUUGUAAUUUUAAGUCUGUAGUGAAGGAAAUAGAAGAGCAAUCCAUACAUGAAUUUAGUCAACAGACAAUACAAGUAGAAAAAGAUAACAGUAAAUAUUUAAAUUCUGUGCAGCUUAUAAAAGACCAAACAGAUAGCAAGGAGCUAGAUUUGCAUUCAUCUUCAUGCACAUCAUCAACAGUUAAUUCAUUACAACAACAAGAACUACUAGAGACAUCAACUAACUAUGAAGAUGUACCUAGUAUUUUCACCACUGAUCAUCCAGCAAAUGGUGGCUCUUUAGAAAAACAAAAUGGGAGUAAUGAAGCACAGUCAGUACUAACUAGGAUAGACAACAAUAAAUUAAAUUCACUAGAAAGUGCAACUCAAGGGACAGAAUCUGGUGUGCAGUGUAAUAGUGGCAAAAUAAUAAAUGAAUGCAUUAUCAAAACAGAGGAUUCAGUAAAGCCAUUAAAGCAAAAGAAGUCUGGCAAACAAGCAAAUGGGAAACAUAAGAAGAAUUUAAAAGGGAAAGAAGAUAAGCAAAGGAGACUUAAAACAUCUGUUACAAAUUGCAAUAUAGAUAGAAAUCUGGAACAAGGAGGUGACAAGAAAAAUGUUGAUACAAAGGAAAGGCUAAAUGACGAUAAAGUUGUAAUACCCUGCACAGCAACAAAACAUCACAAAUCAGUUAAUAGCAUUCCUUUAGAAAUCACCACAGAAGUAGCAACACACAUUGAAACAGACACUCCAGCACAGGAAGCAGAGGAUAGUGAGUUCUCUGAAAAUUAUAUAGGAGACGACUCAAACGCGCUGCUGAACGGACUUGAUGAGAAGUUCGAGAUUUCAGCUGCUGAUGCUAAAGAUAUCUCAGUAGCAGACAUGGAUGGAAAUGAAAAUAAAUCCACACCAGGGGUAAAUGAAUCUAUCAGUUCUGAAGUAUCGAUGCAAAGUGACGGAAGCAACCAGACUCGGAAGAGUCCUCGCGAAGAGCCUCCGACAAGACCGGUCAGGAAAGAAAAACGAAAAUCGUUUCAAGACCAAACUCCAAGUGAUGUACCAACUAACUUCAAUGUAACUACUAAACCAUUACAAUUGCCAGCCAUUUCAUUAAGACCUGAUAUACCUAAAACAGAGCAUAAAAGUUUGCAUGAAGGAUCCAUAUCCCAACAGUUGAAAGGUACAGCAGACAUUCUUGAAAGCAUAACUGCUGCUCUUACUACAGAGCCACCAUUACAAGCAACACUUCACAGAGACAAUCCAGGCCUACAAAAAGCAGAUUGCACUAAAGAUCCCUUCCAGUCGCAUAAAUCUUCAGUGGUAAAGGAAGGCCACGUAAACGCUGCAGCGUCUGUUUCUAGUACAGUGGGUUUAUGUUCAAAGGCAACCGAGGAGAAGUUACUUGACCUGCAGGUAGACAUAUCAGGUCAAACUACUGCAAUAUCAGCGGAAUGUGAAACAGAUUUGAAUGAAGAGAAAUGCCACCAUGAGAAUCUAAAACCUUAUGCAUCGACUAGUCAAAAAGAGUGCGAAGUUAUUAACAAAGUAAAACACACAUCUGUAUUGAAAGAUCGAAGGUUUGAUGAAGUAGCUCAAAGUAUGGCAAUUCAAGAUAAAGUUCAGCCACCAGUACCACCUCCACGAGGUAAGAAAUUACGUGCUUGCAAACACAAAUUAACUGAACGUUCGCAGACUCCAGGAUGGGAUUUAGAAGGUGAUAAUGCAACUGAUGAAAGUUCAGGUGAUAGCUCAGCUUCUUCAACAACACACGAAAGUGAAGAGUCCGUAAUAGAACUCCUGUCCUCCACACACACAAGUCCUGAUGAUAGACAAAAACAGAACUCAUCUUCUGAUGAGGAAGAAGAAAUCAUAUUCAGAGCAAAAAUGACUCAAGGGAAGGCUGAAGUAAUGGAUAUCAAAUCAAUUCCUCCUGAUAAACCAAAUGUUUGUACACCGUCCAUUAGUGGUCCAUCUCUUCAAGAUUCCAGCCAAAUUUAUGGAAAAGAUGAACUGACCACUUCCAGAACACCACCAAAACUUCAGGAAGAAAAGGUUUUCUUAGAAUAUUCAGAAAUUUAUGCUGAUCAGCUGUCAAAGGUAAUCAUCUCUGAAGCUGUUUCUGAAUCAUCAAAGAAACGGACGUGUCUGCCUAUCACAGAGGCAGUUAAAAGGUGGUUGAGAAGUCAAUCACCAGAAGUACUAUCAUUGCCAUUACUGGAGGAUGAAACAGAAUCUGAGAUAUCAUCAGAGGAACAGGAAUCUGAUGAAAGAACAGCAGAAGCAACUGGAAAUCAACUGACCGGUCAAAAAAACGUGCUUUGCAACCCUUUACCUGUACCAUUGCUUGAAGACUGUCACUGUCCUUUAGUUAACAGUGGUUACAAGAAUGGUACUGGUAGAAGGGUUGCAUUCAAUGAUUGUCAAUAUUUCAAGCCUCAAAAUGAAAAUAUUGUUUCAUACAUAUAUGACAAUAAUAGAACUAAUAUUUCUAUAUCAACUGAAGGAGACAAAAGGCUGAUAAAUGUGUAUGAUGAUAAAGGCUGCAUUUUAUCUCACAAGGAUAACUGUGUUUCUCUCCCUCAGGGUCAAAUAAAAGUGUCUCAUGAUGAAGAAAGUGUUUUAACACGGUGUCCAAAAAAUGAUUCCUGUGAUAUAAAUGUUAACAGUCGACAUGCCAGCGGUGCUGAAACAGUUCCAAGCGGAUUUAAUCACAAAAAUGUCGAAAUGAAUGCAGUGAAUAGUAUGUUACAAAAUGAAAUUAGUUUGAGCAAUGCUAAAGAAAACACCUUCCAAAAUAAAUCACAAGAUAUUGAUGAAGUUGCCACCAGUUUAUCAGAACCGGCAAUUUUACGCACCAGUUCUGUUAACCAAAUGAAAUGUAGAUCAGACAAGAAUGACUCACAACAGAAACAAAUGAAAAAUGUAAAUGAAGAAGAAAACAUUGCUGAUAAUUCCGAGUCAAAUUUGUUGAGAGAAGAUGAUGAGUGUAGUGUCACAAGCGAAGAGACUCUAGAAUGUGAGUGGGACCUUUGGGACUCCAACCAAGCAAAACUUCCGUCAGUGUUAGCUACACCUAAAAAUCAAACUCCAGUUGAAGAUAUCUUGGCUAAAACACCAGAAGAUAACUGCUCCCAUAUGUGUGAUCCUGCAAUGUCAGUAGCAAAGUAUUAUAACCUUGGAGCUAUACAAGAGAAAUUUGUAAUGCCCAAUGAAGAUGAAAUAUCAACUGACAGCAGUGAUGAAGAAGUUGAUGCACUUAAACAUUUCCAGUGUGAACUGGAGGAUGAUGAUGGCCUACAGACUGCAACAUUAUCAAGCAAUGGGACUGGGAGCUUGGACAAGAAGUCAGAUGGACAUGAAAGAAAUAAAACCUAUGGCAAUCCAGAAAUCUACAGAAGUCACUAUGGAAAAUCAGGUCCAGUGAGCAAUUCCAGGGUUCAAAUUCAAGAAGAAGCAGACAGGUGCAGAAAUAUGUAUAACACGACGUUAUCGCAACGAGCACAGGCAGCGAACUUGUUUCGCAGGAAAUCGUCGGUACUUGUGAGCAAUCUAAAAGGUGAAGGCCCAUUCCCUUGUGGUGGUAUAUGUUGUAUACUACAAUGAAACAUUCACACUGCCUCAAAACAAUUUGUUUAAAAUAAGCAUUUCAUGGCAAUAUUUAUAUUACAGUUACAUGUGGGGGGAUACUAAAUAACAGCAGCCAAUAAUAUGUUUGCAGCAGUGCCAGUGCUUCAGAAUUGCAUUUCAUUUUAGUUUGAACUGUGAGCAACUUUCAUGAACCAAUCAUACGGAAGUCAUAAUGAACAUUGCGUUUUCAUGUCUGUUGCAUUUCUUAAUUGGUUUAGCUAUACCUGUAGUUAAAUCUGCUGCCUCUAAAUAAAAAUUAAUUCAGUUUUAACAUAGCAGUUAAUAAUAUCUGUGAGGGAGACUUGAAAUAUGUACUUUAAAAUCUAAUAGGCCUGUUCCUAAAACAAAAUUUGAUUUCAGUAUUAUUCCUCAAAAUGAUAAGUACACAUAAAUGAAAAAAAAAUGGGAGUGUCUUAAUUUGGGGAAGGGUACAUUAACAGAACAUUGGUUUGUAUGUAGGUAGGCAAAAUGAGGGGAGCCACUCUGCUAAACAUUUCUGAAAUUCCUUCAUGGUGACAUUUUAAAGGAGACCUCGAGUGGUUUUUUUAAAUGGAAAGAAUGCGCAAUCAUAGUUUCUCCAUCAUGUUAUCUGAACUAUAGGAGAGGUGGCAUGAUUAAUAUUGAUUUAAACUCUAUGAUCAAUCUACCCAAUCUAAAAUAAAGAACAAUUACUAAAUGGACUGCAGGAGUCACACUCCAAAUUUGCAAAAUUAUUACCCCAAUAAAAUGAUCAAAUGUGAUUAUACCUUCAUGUUGGUUUCAAGAACAAAUCUGGGCAAACAAAAUCCCAAGCUGGAUCACAUCCUGGAGUUGUAACCAGAGCUCAAGAAACAAAUGUCUACUUAUACUUUUUGCUGCAAAAAUGUAGACCAUGAUGAUUCCUAUGUAACAAUAUUUAACAAGUAAAUAUUGAAAAACUCAUAAUCACAUUCUGCAAAAUUUGUUGAGAUAAAAGAGCCUCUCACUGGAAAUCUUUUUUGAGUCUCCAAUCCUGAUGAUAUGGUCCUUAGAGUUUUAAACUGUUAAUUGCAAAAGUGUAUUGAUUUAAGAGCACCUGAUGUUAUAUGUAUUUAGGUAUGAACAGAAAGAUGAAUUAAGAAAUAUUCAUAAUUGCUUUUGAAGCUUAUUACUAUGUAAAAAAUGCAUAACAGGACAAAACUGUAUGUAAGUAUUUCAAGGAUUAAUAUAUAAAAAACAUACAUAAAUGGGUUUCAAUAUCAGACACAAGUCAGUUUUUACUCUCAACCAACUAAAUGGUGGGUAUACACAGAAAUAAAGUGCAUAAUCAAGCAUUGUUAAUUGAUUAUUGAUUAGUAAGCCUGAUGAAUUCAAAUACAGAACACAGACAAAAUUUUAAUUGAAUUUGGGAUAUUUUUAUAGCUGUGGAAUAAAUCUUGUCAGCAUUGUAGAAUCUGAUAUUAGUUCUGAUUGAAAUACACAGUAAAUGGAAUCACAGCAGUCAAUUGAAAUGUUAGACUGAACAUUUUUUUAAAGAAAUUCCCUAUUUGUAUGGUGCUAUAACCUUAAUAUAUCCAUCUGACAACAUCUAGGGAAUUUUAAGUUUGCCACAUAUGCAUGAGAUCAUGAAAUCAAAGUGACCUAAGUGCUAAAUAUGAUGCAGGGUCAUUAUUCAUUUUUAUGUCGCUUCUCUUCAGGGCCUUCUUAUAUAUUAAUCAUUACUUUCUUAUACUUUCUGUUUCGAUGGUAAUUAGAACUGAUUUUCAAAAGUUCACCAUGGUCAUUAAAAUAUCCCAUAACUCUAGAGAACAUAGGUAUAAAGUGAUUUAGAUUUACUACAUUUCUGAAAAUGUUUCUGAUCGUUGUGUGCCAAGUGUGAUGUGGAUAUUUUCCAUAAUAUAGUUGGAUGCUACUGUUUACUUCAGGCUAUAGACAUUACUGAUAUGACAUACAAUAAAUGAUGCAAAUCAAUUCAUCUGAUAACAUGGUGGGUGCUGAAGGUGCGACUGGUAUUCUGAAUUUAUUUCUGCUUCAUUUCUGUAUAUUGGGGAAAAAUGUUGAUUCCACAUAAUUCUGACAUAUUUAAGAAGCUUCUCAAGUAAUAGUUAAGAAUGUCAUGAUAGAAACUAAUUUAACAUAAGUUCAAGUUACUGUUCACAAUAUUAAGUUUACUUGAAUCAGCUUAUAAAAUAUUAACAGCCAAUGGAAAUUCUGUAGGAAAUCAAUUCAAAUGAACAUACAAAUUGUUCCAAAGUGAGAUUUUGUUUGUGUCUUAAAUGUUUAGUGUCUAUAUGUAAAUUUCAAUGCACUGUGAUCACAAGGUGGUUGUGGUUCUGUCAUGCUAUUGACUCUGUAUUGAGUACAAUAUAAAUACAUAAUUAAAGUAACAUAAAUUGUAAAGAACAAUUAAACUUUCGUAAUUACUUCAGCUUCAACUAUAUGAACAAAUAGUGCUAAAGGAGGGAGUUUUGGAAUGGAAGACUGUAGCAUGAAGAAAUGUACUUAUGGCUUGUAUUUGUUACUAAAACAAUUACACAAAUUAUCUGAAGGACAUAAAUAUUAUCAUUAUUCUUAGUUCAGUCAUUGUUUCAAGUUUGUUAUAUAGCAGAGCAAUUACAGCAGCUUGAAUAUACUUUAUCAAAAAUGUGUUCCUCUUUUUAUCAGUCAGGUAUUCUUGGAAAAUUUUCAGUGAGGAAUAAAUAAUCCCUAAAUGAUUCUGCCCAUUCCAAGAUGGGCACUAAGAUCAUGCAUAUAAUAUGUAUAAUUCAAGUGAUAAUAAAGGGGGAGAAAUAAAUCAUCUUCAGAAAAUUUAAAUUCAGAAAGGACAAUAAAACUGAUGAGUUUAUAUUAUUCCAUUAGCAUAAGUGCAGUUAUCUACCAUCAUCCUCUGACAAAUCUGAUUGUGUAUUAAAACUGAUACAUUUUUAAAUAUUUAUUUUGAUGUAAAUAUUCAAAUAAAUAUGCAGGUCUGCACAAAUUUAAUGCAAAUUUAGGAGCCAGAAUAUAUCAGAGUUUAAAAUAAUAUUUUUGGCAUGUUGUCACGAAAUUAAAUGCCCAUUGUUUUCAAAGAUAAGACAAGAAUAUGUUUUGAAAGCUACUACAUGUAUGAACUGGAAUAUAUUACAUAAUAAUAGUAUGCAAAGAUACAAAACCAUCAGAAUAAUGUGCAGAAAAUCCUAGGCACUAUCACAAAAUAUUUAGGUGUCUUGGCCAACUGGCACCUGGGAUUUGUGCUGGCCUGUACAUACAUAUAUGUGCCCACAUAAUAAAUAAUCAUGCAUAUAUCUGGUAUGUUCUGCUUAAGUAAGAUACAGGCUGAUUGACUAUCAUUCAUGGUACUAAGAAAAUGUGGGUCUUGCAGAAAGUCCAUUUUAACUAUUGACAUACAUGUACAUGAAGUGGCAAAGAAAAUAAAGCAGAAGAGAAAUACAGAUAUCAAGAACAGGAAUAGUGUUACCACGUGAUGUAAAGAUUUGAGGAGCAAUAACCUAUUAGAUAUUGUUUUCUCACAAGAAGAACUUCUCUUCCAAAUACCACAGGAAUGACAGUAUGGAAGCAGUCUCUAUGGCAAAUGGUGAGGAUAUUGAUUCCACACCAAAACUGUGACAUGGUUAACACUAGUAAUGUAACAUGCUGUUACCAAUCUGGUAAGAUAUAAUAAACAUGUAUGCAUGUGGCAGUUUCUUUCAACCAACUUCCUACAACUGAGUUGAUGAAACUGCAGAUAAUUAAACCAUUUUAAUGCUUGUAAAAUUGUUUAGAGUGCUGUCACAUUAUACAGUAGCAAUAAGCUGAAAAUACCAUUAUUCUACCAUUACCAGUAAAAGAUUUACAAGAAGUUGCUUUUACUUCAAAUAAUUUGUUUACGGAAACUUUAAGUUAAUAUAAUGAAAACUUUUAUUGUCCCAUGUUGUUAAUGUUCUGAUAUGACAUGAACUGAGAGAGAUAAUGAAGUUUCACAAAUUA